GAAGGUCUUCAUUUACUUCUGGGACACCCGCGAUGGGCUCGAGCUCUCCGGCUGGUGGUUCGGGGACUCCGUGGGCGGAACGCUGGUGUGGGCACGAGCGCCCCUGCUCGCGCAGAACGUGCCUCCCGCGGGCUGGAAGGUGCCGUGGGACGCGCCGAUGCCCGAGCCGGGCAUGCUGUCGGUGACGAGGGUGGCGGCCGAGCAGGGGGGCGUGGCCGCGGUCGCCGCCGCCAGCAGGGCGACCGCACCCAAGGCGCGGCCGUUGACCGCGUCGGCGAGGGCGGGGGCCGCGCCGCCCAACGUCGUGGGGAGUCUGCUGGCAGCCGCGAUGACGCAGGCGGCCGCGGGCAAAACGCCCCAGCCGGCGGGCCAGAAGCAGGGCACCGUGUUCAUGGCUGGGCUGCCGCCAGACGCCGAGGAGGACGAGCUGAUCGAGAUCUUCAGCAACGUCGGCGCCGUGGAGACGGUCAAGAUCUACCGCAACCCGUCUUCGAACUUGCCCUUGGGGCACGGCUUCUGUGACUUUUACGAGGCCUCGCACGCGGCCUUGGCGAUACAGCAGCUCCAGGGAUGCGAGUACAGGGGCAGGAGGCUGACGGUCCACAGCUCCCGGCCAGGCCCCCACCUGCUGCAGCAGACGACGUUCGUACGGCCCCCCACGGCGCCCGUGCUGCAGCCGCCCCCGCUCGUGGGCGCCAGGCCGCCCCCCGCCGCGGCGUCCAUGGCGGCGGUUCCACAAGACUUCCUGGA